AUGCCUCUGAUGGCUUUCCGGGUGCUGCCGGGCCUUUUCUGGCUGCUGGGUGAAGCCCCCGCGGCCCCAGCGGCCUCCCCGCCCUGGCUGCCGGCAGAGGAUGGCGCUGCUUCACUGGAGAUGAAGUGGCCUCCUUCGCGGAGGGCGCGGAGUAACCGGGUCAAUGUCACCGUGUUUCUCACUGAUGUACACAGCUUUGAUGAGCCUGAGGGGCAGAUAGCUGUCUACGCCUUCAUGAAGCUCUGGUGGCGCCUUCCUCGGCAUUGGACCACGGGCCUCUAA